UGUCAUCUGUUUUGUUUUCCACACGUGCAACAUUUGAAUUGUUUCUAAAAGCCAGAAAAAUUCAAAUAUAACGCAGUAACAAUGGAAGAUAAAAUUAUAAUAGAAUCCGUAUGCGAUCAUAAAAGAGACGAGAACAUACCUACCAUACUGAAAUUCCAGAAUGGAUCUCUUUUGGGCGACGCAGAUUUCAGCAUGGUAGAGAGCACCGUAGAUGGCAAAAAGCAUGCCUUAGUAUACGCGGGUGACCAGGUGUACACGGGCGAGGUGAAGGAUAGCGAGGAAGUCGAUACCUACAUUUUCAUAAGGAACAAAUUAACCAACAAAGUUAAAGUCGUGCCAGUGCAAGAGGCAUUGAUGUACAAUCACGUUUACAAGAAACUGGAGCGACAGAAGAGAACGGGUCCCACGAUGAGCCGGGAGCACGCCAACAAGAAGCUGCUCAAGGAGUUUGGAGGGCGCAAGGCAUCCCGCUUCGUGGACAACCGCGAACAGAUGAUGGUCAACGUGGAGGUGAUGCGUCAGGAUCUGGACGAAACGGUGAAUUCGAGCAUGCUCAACGAAGACGAAGAGGACGGCACCCUGGGUGAUGUGAGCAUCAACAAUGAGGAGUACCUGGCCAGCAUUGUGCCCGAGUUCAACAAGGAGGCAACCAAAGUGGACGAAGUCUACGCUGUGGAAAGUUUGAUCCCGAGCUCUCUGCUCGAACGUCUCGAGGAGGAGGCCAAAGUGGUGUUCUCCACGCCUGUGCAGACUCUACCCAUUAAAUCGGAAUACCUCAAGUCAUGUUUGGCCAAAAUUCAGGAAAAUCCCGUUUCAUCCAAGCGAGACUUCUUGCACAUUAAACUUAUCAUCUACAUGGACGCCUUGCAGUCGCUAAUUUCCCUUCGUUCGCGUCAAAUGCAAAAGGCUGAGCUCUCUGGUAUCACGGAGAAGAUCGAGAAUGAUAUACGCCAUCGUUUUGCGGAUCCCAAUGUGGCAAAGAAGGGAACUCGCACCAAUUUCAGCAGUGAAAAGGCACUGACACACUUUAUUGUGAUGGCCCUGCUCCUCAGUGAGAAGUUCGAAGUGGACAUCAAUGUCCUCUCCCGUGCUUUGGCCACCACCAAGGCUCGGAUCAAGCAGUACGCCCACAUUGUGAACGCUCUGCCAAAAUCCAAUUCGGACAUCCUUAGCCUGCGCCUGCCCAGCAAGGUUCCGGCUCUAAAGUCGGGCCGUCGCUUCCAGCGCAAGAAGUAGGAGUAUCUUCAAGGACACCGCGCCCGCCAUCGAUUUAACAAACCCUGGCGCGCCAAUUACAUUUAUUGCAUCCAGGUACUUCUGAUUUUGUUAUUUUGGGCAAUGCCAGAAGGAAUAUUAUUAUUCUAAACGAUAGAAGGUUUUGAUAAACUAAAAUAAAUAAAGAAAUAAGAGAAAG